AUGCACUAUCAUUAUCUUAGAGGCAUCGAUUUCUGCUCGGACGUCCCGGAGCUGCGAUCGCAUGCCGAACCAGAAUCGGAGGGUCGGCCUCCAGCGCCGGCGUCUCCUCCGCAAGUGGACAUGGUGAAUGAGCUACAGACGCAGCUACAGGCGGCCGUUACGCGUAACCACUCGUUAGAAUCCAAGAUUGAUAGAGCGCUUCGGGACGCGCGGGAGUCGCGGAAGCUGAAGGAGGAAGCUGAGCUGGCAGCGGCGGAGGCGGAAAAGCGCGCAACGGAUGAGAGGCGUGAGGCGAAAUCUGCCCGGGAGAGGGUAAAUUCCCUGGAAGAGAAGUUGCGGGCAACUGAAGAAAUUUCUGGGCAGCUGAGGAAAGAAUUGGAGGUGGAGAAACAGGAGAGGGAGCUGCUUUCGUGGAAGCUUCAAGAAGCAGAGGAAAACGCGGCGGGACUGAGGGCUCAGGCGUUACAAGCAGAUGGACAGGUGGAAUUAGCCAAAGCUGAGGUGGCAGACGUGGAAAAUAGGGCCAAUCACCUUGUGACACGUCUGCAAGCUGAGCUGGAGGAGAUGAGGCUGAGGUGUGCGGAUUUAGAGGUUGAGAUUGAGGGGGCUAGAGACAGGGUAUCCCUGGCGGAGUUUAGGCUAUCGGAGGAAGUUGCCCGGGCAGAGUCGCUGGUUGGUGAGGCGGAUGAGCUGACUGGGAGGAUGCGGGCAGCUGAAGAGCGGGCAGGUGAAGCAGAACAAAGGGCUGCCCGGGCAGAGAAACGGGCAGAAGAAGCUCUGAGACUGAGGGAAGAGGCUGAAAGGGAAGUGGAGAGGUUACGGAAGCAAAGGGGCGAAGCUUCUGAGGGAGAGGAAGGGGGAGAGGGGGAAGUAAGGGAAGAAGGAAGGAAGAAGGAAGGAGGGGAGGAAGAGGUGGAACGGGUGCAAGGGGGGUGGGGGAGAGUGAGAGCGAGAGGGUUGCAGCAGCAGAGGGGUUGA